AGAAAAAGUUACUGACUAUAAGGAAGAAAGAAUAUUUUCGCUCAUCUCUCAGUGAUCAUGGAGAUCAAAAUCAUCAUGAGAUCAUUUCUUCUAGUCAUUAAUCUGGCGAUAGCUCUAGCUACCUUUGGCCACGAACACGUUCAUAUAAGGAUUCACGUUCCCGAGUUGGUUCAGCAUCACGAGAAAAAAGUCAUCAAGUAUGAGGAACAUGGUGGACAUGGUGGUGGUGGUGGUGGCGGUGGUGGUGGAGAUGAUCAUCAUAUUGAAAUAACGAGUCCAGGAAUCGGUGAUCUUGGUGGUGGUCAUGGAGGAGGAGGAGGAGGAUUCGGAGGUGGUUUUGGGGGUGGCCAUGGUGAUUUAGGAGGUGGUGGAUACGGUGGAGGUCAUGGAGGUGGAUUUGGAGGAGGUCACGGUGGUGGAUUUGGUGGAGGUCACGGAGGAGGAUUUGGUGGAGGUCACGGAGGAGGAUUUGGUGGAGGAGGAGGAGGUGGAGGAGGUUUUGGAGGUGGUCACGUGAUCGUUCACCAUUCAUCAGGAGGAUUUGGUGGUGGUGGCCAUGGAGGAGGAGGAGGAGGAGGAGGAGGUGGAGGUUUCGGAGGAGGUCAUGGCGGAGACGGUGGUUAUGGAGGUGGACAUGGAGGCGGACAUGGAGGUGGACACACAGUUAGUUUGACCGGAGGAUUCGUCACACUUGGUGGCGGUGGCGGCGGUGGUGGUGGUCAUGGUGGCCAUGACCUUGGCGGUGGUUAUGGAGGUCACGGUGGUUUCGGAGGUGGCCAUGGAGAUAUUAUAGAAACCAUUCACACUAGUGGUGGUGGUGGUGGUGGUGGCGGUUACGGUGGUGGUGGCUACAGCGGCGGAGGUGGUUUCGAUGAUCACGGAGGACAUAGUUUUGGAGGUGGUGCUAGUUUUAGUAGCCAUGGAGGAGGUUAUGGCGGUGGUGGUGGUGGUGGUGGUGGUGGUGGACACGAUAUAGGUGGAGAUGAUCAUUCCAUCGGUUCCAGUAGUUAUGGAAACAGUAUUUCUUCUGAUUUUGGAAGCAGUGGACAUGGUGGAAGUAGUUUCAGUUCAGGAGGUGGUUAUGAUUCUUACUCGUCCGGUGGACAUUCGUCGUACAGUGGUGGAGGUGGAGGUGGCGGUGGCGGAUACGACGGUGGUCAUGGUGGUUUCUCGGGUUAUCACAAAAGAAAAUAA